AUGGAUUGGUUGACGUACUAUGAUGUUCAUAUUUUGCCGGGUGAUCAACAGUUGAAACUCCAUCAUCGACGGUGGUUGACAAUUGCUUCGUUUGACACGGAUACACCCAUUGACGCAAGAGUUGAUAAAGAAUAUCAGAUAUUACCUGGUUCCGAGUGUGUGAUAACAUUGAAAAUCACAAUGGCACCGGCACAAAAUCUGUAUUUUCAAGCAAUUAACGGACAAUUGCAAAAUCAACGACGAAUUACUCUUCAGGAUGGCCUGGUCACUGUUGAUAAUAGUACCCUCAAAGUACAAGUACUCAAUUCAUCCAAAUCUUCCGUCACGUUACAGAAGAAUGUGAAAUUGGGCACAUUGUCACAUCUAUCAUUUGAUACAUACUGUUCAACAAUGACACAAGUAACAGAGGUUGGUGCGAAUGGACCAAGAAUCAGCACAGUCAGCGAUGAAAAUCUUGUUAACAAAUCGAUUGCAUCACUGGUUGCUCAUAUAACUGAUCAACAACAACACCAACUGGUUGAGUGGUUGGUCGUCACCAAGUGGUGA